AUGUGCAGUUGGCAGCCAACAGUUCAGGGUAACUUUCAAAGCGCUAGAAAUGAUAUCAUAAUUGGGGGAUUCCUUUCCCUUGUACUUUCUGAAAGGCUCUUACUCAACUUCAUGCAACACCCGUACCCUUCCAGAACUGCAUGGUUGAUGACAAAAAACUACCAGCAUGUCCUUGCCUUUGGUUUUGCCAUUCAUGAGAUCAACAAGGAUGGCACGUUAUUACCCAACAUUACACUAGGUUCAAAGAUCUAUGACAAUGCUUUUAAUCCACAGAGAGCCGUUGAAGCUACUGUGCAGCUACUCUUCAUGGGACAGGGAGACCAGCUCAUUUACCAAGGUUUCAGGAAGAAGAAGCUCAUGGCCGUUAUUGGUGGGCUCACCUCUCCAAAUUCCAUCCAGAUGGCCAACAUCUUAAACACUUACAAGGUUCCACAGCUCAGUUAUGGCUCCUUUGAUCCAGUGCUGAAUGAUAAAACUCAGUUCCCUUCUUUCUUUCAUAUGGCCCCAAGUGAAAGCCCCCAGUAUGAAGGGAUCGUUCAGUUGCUGAAGCAUUUUGGAUGGAACUGGAUUGGCCUCCUGAUCUCAGAUGAUGACAGUGGAGAAACCUUUCUUCAAACUCUGCUACCAAAGCUCUUCCAGAAUGACAUUUGCAUUGCCUUGACACAAUUGAUUCCAAGAGUAAAGAGUUACAAAUUAAAUAGCGAAUCCCUUGCUACACAACUGGGAAGGGUAGCUUCUAGUCUCUGGCUGAACAAAAUCUACGUGAUCCUUGUAUAUGGUGACGGUAUGCAGAACUGUACUGGGCAGGAGAAGUUGGGGAGCCUCCCUGGCUUUGUCUAUGAAAUGGGGAUGUCUGGCCAGAGCUACAAUAUCUACAAUGCAGUUUAUGCUGUAGCACAUGCUCUUCAUGCCAUGGAUUCAUUAAAAACCAAAAACAAAGCAACAAGCAACCAAGAGGCAGAGAAUCCUCUGAAGAUUCAACCAUGGAAGAUGCUUCCACGUGCCGUAUGUGUUGAGAGUUGCCAAUGUGGAUACAGCAGGACUGUUCAGGAAGGAAAACAAGUUUGCUGUUACAGAUGUACUAAAUGCCCUAAAGGAAUGAUUUCAAUCCAGAUUGAUGCCGACGGAUGUGAGAAAUGCCCAGAAGUUCAGUAUCCCAAUAAGAAACAGGAUCAAUGCAUCCCCAAAAUAGUCACCUAUUUAUCCUAUGGAGAAGCCUUAGGAAUCCUGUUGACUUCUUUUGCUCUUUUCUUUCCUAUGAUCACCAUUGUGGUGAUGGGGGUUUUCAUUCUGCACUGGAACACUCCCAUUGUCAAAGCCAACAACAGGAACAUCACAUGUGCACUGCUUGUCUCUCUGCUGCUCUGCUUCCUCUGCUCCAUCCUUUUCAUAGGUUUGCCUAAGAAAAUGACUUGCCUUCUCAGGCAAACUGUUUUUGGCAUUAUCUUUUCUGUUGCCAUUUCUUGUGUCUUGGCCAAAACCAUCACUGUAGUUGUGGCCUUCCUGGCCACUAAGCCAGGAAAUCAGAUGAGGAAGUGGGUAGGGAAUAAACUGGCAGCAUCAGUCAUCAUUCUCUGUUCUCUCAUUCAAACUGUGAUCUGUGCAGUGUGGCUGGCAACUUCUCCCCCUUUCCCAGAGUUGGACAUGCACUCCCACAUCAGUCAGAUCACAGUUCAAUGUAAUGAAGGCUCAGAAAUCAUGUUGUAUAUAGUCCUAAGCUACAUGGGGCUUUUGGCCAUCAUCUGUUUCACUGUGGCUUUCUUGGCCAGGAAGUUGCCCGAUACUUUCAAUGAAGCCAAGCUGAUUACUUUCAGCAUGUUGGUCUUCUGCAGUGUCUGGGUGUCCUUCAUCCCCACCUACCUGAGCACGAAGGGCAAAUACAUGGUGGCCGUGGAGAUCUUCUCCAUCUUGGCCUCUAGUGCUGGCUUAUUGGGCUGCAUCUUUCUCCCCAAGUGCUACAUCAUUCUACUGAGGUCAAAUCUCAACACCAGACACCAUUUAGUAAGGAAAACGAAUGUCUUAGCAGUUUGA